AAGGAGCGCUGUGAGUCACUUCUGAGCGACUAAUGUUUUUAUUUCCGGCCCAUGGGACCCGGCCAGGAUUUUAUGCUACCCGCAUCCGCUGUCAGUGUCGCCGCCGCCAUCAUGUCAGACACCGACAGCGAUGAAGAUUCCGCUGGAGGAGGCCCAUUUUCUUUAACCGGUUUUCUUUUCGGCAACAUCAAUGGAGCUGGGCAGCUGGAGGGGGAAAGCGUCUUGGAUGAUGAGUGUAAGAAACAUUUGGCAGGCUUGGGGGCUUUGGGUCUGGGCAGCCUGAUCACUGAACUGACGGCAAAUGAAGAACUGACUGGGACUGAUGGUGCUCUGGUAAAUGACGAAGGAUGGAUCCGGAGUACAGAAGAUGCGGUGGACUAUUCAGACAUCAAUGAGGUAGCAGAAGAUGAAAGUCGAAGAUAUCAGCAGACAAUGGGGACUUUGCAGCCCCUCUGCCACUCAGAUUAUGAUGAUGACGACUAUGACGCUGAUUGUGAAGACAUCGACUGCAAGUUGAUGCCUCCGCCCCCUCCUCCCCCAGGACCGUUAAAGAAGGAUAAGGACCAGGAUGCUAUUACCGGUGUGUCUGAGGAUGGAGAAGGCAUCAUCUUGCCCUCCAUCAUUGCCCCUUCCUCUUUGGCCUCAGAGAAAGUGGACUUCAGUAGUUCCUCUGACUCAGAAUCUGAGAUGGGACCUCAGGAAGCAACACAGGCAGAAUCUGAGGAUGGAAAGCUGACUCUACCAUUGGCUGGGAUUAUGCAGCACGAUGCCACCAAGCUGUUGCCGAGUGUCACAGAACUUUUCCCAGAAUUUCGGCCUGGGAAGGUGUUACGCUUCCUACGUCUUUUUGGACCAGGGAAGAAUGUCCCAUCCGUUUGGCGGAGUGCUCGGAGAAAGAGGAAAAAAAAGCACCGCGAGCUGCUACAGGAGGAGCAGAUCCAGGAGGCGGAGUGCUCAGUAGAAUCAGAAGUCAACCAGAAGUCUUUGUGGAACUACGACUACGCACCCCCACCUCCUCCAGAGCAGUGCCUCUCUGAUGAUGAAAUCACAAUGAUGGCUCCAGUGGAGUCCAAGUUUGCUCAAUCAACUGGAGAUACAGAUAAAGUGACAGAUACCAAACCGAGAGUGGCUGAGUGGCGUUAUGGGCCUGCUCGACUGUGGUAUGAUAUGCUAGGUGUUCCUGAAGAUGGCAGUGGGUUUGACUAUGGCUUCAAACUGAAAAAGAUGGAACAUGAACCUGUGAUAAAAUGUAGAAUGAUGGAGGACUGUAAGAAAGUCGAGGAAAGCAGCAGCACUGAUCUUCUGGCUGAUGAAAACUUCCUGAUGGUGACACAGCUGCAUUGGGAGGAUGACAUCAUCUGGGAUGGGGAGGAUGUCAAACACAAAGGGACAAAACCUCAGCGUGCCAGCCUGGCAGGCUGGCUGCCUUCCAGCAUGACGAGGAAUGCCAUGGCUUACAACGUUCAGCAAGGUUUUGCAGCCACCCUGGAUGAUGACAAGCCUUGGUACUCCAUUUUUCCCAUUGACAAUGAGGAGCUGGUAUAUGGACGCUGGGAGGACAAUAUCAUUUGGGAUGCUCAGGCGAUGCCCCGACUCUUGGAGCCUCCUGUUCUGACCCUUGAUCCCAAUGAUGAGAACCUCAUUUUGGAAAUUCCUGAUGAAAAGGAAGAGGCCACCUCUAACUCCCCCUCCAAGGAGAAUAAAAAGGAAUCAUCUCUGAAGAAGAGUCGAAUUCUCUUAGGGAAAACGGGGGUCAUCAAGGAGGAACCACAACAGAACAUGUCUCAGCCAGAAGUGAAAGACCCAUGGAAUCUCUCCAAUGAUGAAUAUUACUACCCCAAGCAGCAGGGUCUCCGAGGUACCUUUGGAGGCAAUAUCAUCCAGCACUCAAUUCCUGCUGUGGAAUUACGGCAGCCCUUCUUUCCCACUCACAUGGGGCCCAUCAAACUGCGGCAGUUCCACCGCCCGCCUCUGAAGAAGUACUCCUUUGGGGCACUGUCUCAGCCGGGUCCGCACUCAGUCCAGCCCUUGCUAAAGCACAUCAAAAAGAAGGCUAAGAUGAGAGAACAAGAGAGACAAGCUUCAGGUGGUGGAGAGAUGUUUUUUAUGCGCACACCUCAGGACCUCACUGGCAAAGAUGGAGAUCUAAUUCUGGCAGAAUAUAGUGAGGAAAAUGGACCAUUAAUGAUGCAGGUUGGCAUGGCAACCAAGAUAAAAAACUACUACAAGCGGAAACCUGGGAAAGAUCCUGGAGCCCCAGAUUGUAAAUAUGGGGAAACUGUUUACUGCCAUACAUCUCCUUUCCUGGGCUCUCUCCAUCCUGGCCAAUUACUGCAGGCAUUUGAGAACAAUCUUUUUCGUGCCCCAAUUUACCUUCAUAAGAUGCCAGAAACUGAUUUCCUCAUCAUUCGGACAAGACAAGGUUACUAUAUUCGGGAAUUAGUGGAUAUCUUUGUGGUUGGCCAGCAGUGCCCCUUGUUCGAAGUUCCUGGGCCCAACUCCAAAAGGGCCAAUACACAUAUUCGAGACUUUCUCCAGGUUUUCAUUUACCGCCUCUUCUGGAAGAGUGCGGAUCGGCCUCGGCGGAUCCGAAUGGAAGACAUAAAAAAGGCCUUUCCUUCCCAUUCAGAAAGCAGCAUCCGGAAGAGGCUAAAGCUCUGCGCGGACUUCAAACGCACAGGAAUGGACUCCAAUUGGUGGGUGCUGAAGUCUGAUUUUCGUUUACCAACUGAAGAGGAGAUCAGAGCCAUGGUGUCUCCGGAGCAGUGCUGUGCGUACUACAGCAUGAUAGCUGCGGAGCAGCGACUGAAGGAUGCUGGCUAUGGCGAGAAGUCCUUUUUUGCCCCAGAAGAAGAAAAUGAGGAAGAUUUCCAGAUGAAGAUUGAUGAUGAGGUCCGCACCGCUCCUUGGAACACUACAAGGGCCUUCAUUGCUGCCAUGAAGGGCAAGUGUCUCCUGGAGGUGACUGGGGUGGCAGAUCCCACUGGGUGUGGUGAAGGAUUCUCUUAUGUGAAGAUUCCAAACAAACCAACACAGCAGAAGGAUGAUAAGGAGCCUCAGCCAGUGAAGAAGACAGUGACAGGAACAGAUGCAGACCUCCGUCGCCUGUCUCUGAAAAACGCCAAGCAACUUCUCCGUAAAUUUGGCGUGCCUGAGGAAGAGAUUAAAAAGUUGUCGCGCUGGGAAGUGAUCGAUGUGGUCCGUACAAUGUCAACAGAACAAGCCCGCUCCGGAGAGGGGCCCAUGAGUAAAUUUGCCCGUGGAUCCAGGUUUUCUGUAGCUGAGCAUCAAGAGCGUUACAAAGAGGAAUGUCAGCGCAUCUUUGACCUACAGAACAAGGUUUUGUCAUCAACUGAAGUCCUAUCCACUGACACAGAUAGCAGCUCAGCUGAAGACAGUGACUUUGAAGAAAUGGGCAAGAAUAUCGAGAACAUGUUGCAGAAUAAGAAAACCAGCUCUCAGCUGUCACGUGAACGGGAGGAGCAGGAGCGGAAGGAACUACAGCGGAUGCUACUGGCAGCAGGCUCAGCAGCAUCAGGAAACAAUCACAGAGAUGAUGACACAGCUUCUGUGACUAGCCUUAACUCCUCUGCCACUGGCCGUUGUCUCAAGAUUUAUCGCACAUUUCGAGAUGAAGAGGGGAAAGAGUAUGUUCGCUGUGAGACAGUCCGAAAGCCAGCUGUCAUAGACGCCUAUGUGCGCAUACGGACCACAAAAGAUGAGGAGUUCAUUCGAAAAUUUGCCCUUUUUGAUGAACAGCAUCGAGAAGAGAUGCGAAAAGAACGGCGGAGGAUUCAAGAGCAACUGAGGCGGCUUAAGCGGAACCAGGAAAAGGAGAAGCUUAAGGGUCCUCCUGAAAAAAAGCCAAAAAAAAUGAAGGAGCGCCCUGACCUAAAACUCAAAUGUGGGGCUUGUGGUGCCAUUGGACACAUGAGGACAAACAAAUUCUGCCCCCUGUAUUAUCAGACAAAUGCCCCACCUUCCAAUCCUGUUGCCAUGACAGAGGAACAGGAGGAGGAGUUGGAAAAGACAGUCAUUCAUAAUGAUAAUGAAGAACUUAUCAAGGUUGAAGGGACCAAGAUUGUGUUGGGCAAACAGCUCAUUGAGAGUGCAGAUGAGGUUCGCAGAAAAUCUCUGGUUCUCAAGUUCCCGAAACAGCAACUUCCUCCCAAGAAGAAACGGCGAGUUGGCACCACUGUUCACUGUGACUAUUUGAAUAGACCUCAUAAAUCCAUCCACCGACGCCGGACAGACCCCAUGGUGACGUUGUCAUCCAUCUUGGAGUCUAUCAUCAAUGACAUGAGAGACCUUCCAAAUACAUACCCGUUCCACACUCCAGUCAAUGCAAAGGUGGUAAAGGACUACUACAAAAUCAUCACUCGACCAAUGGACUUACAAACCCUCCGUGAAAAUGUGCGUAAACGCCUGUACCCAUCUCGGGAAGAGUUCAGAGAGCAUUUGGAGCUCAUUGUGAAGAACAGUGCAACCUACAACGGGCCAAAGCACUCACUGACCCAGAUCUCUCAAUCCAUGCUGGAUCUCUGUGAUGAGAAACUCAAAGAGAAAGAAGACAAACUGGCUCGUUUAGAGAAAGCUAUCAACCCCUUGCUGGAUGAUGAUGACCAAGUGGCAUUUUCUUUCAUUCUGGACAAUAUUGUCACCCAGAAAAUGAUGGCAGUUCCAGAUUCUUGGCCAUUUCAUCACCCAGUUAAUAAGAAGUUUGUUCCAGAUUAUUACAAAGUGAUUGUCAAUCCAAUGGAUUUAGAGACUAUACGUAAGAAUAUCUCCAAGCACAAGUAUCAGAGCCGAGAGAGCUUUCUAGAUGACGUCAACCUUAUUCUGGCCAACAGUGUUAAGUACAAUGGGCCUGAAAGUCAGUACACCAAGACUGCUCAGGAGAUUGUGAACGUCUGUUACCAGACAUUGACUGAGUAUGAUGAGCAUUUGACUCAACUUGAGAAGGAUAUUUGUACAGCCAAAGAAGCAGCUUUGGAGGAAGCAGAGUUAGAAAGCUUGGACCCAAUGACCCCAGGGCCUUAUACACCUCAGGCUAAGCCUCCCGAUUUGUAUGAUACCAACACAUCCCUCAGUAUGUCUCGAGAUGCCUCUGUAUUUCAAGAUGAGAGCAAUAUGUCUGUCCUGGAUAUUCCCACCGCCACUCCAGAGAAGCAGGUGACACAGGAAGGUGAAGAUGCAGAUGGUGACCUUGCAGAUGAAGAGGAAGGAACCGUGCAGCAGCCUCAAGCCAGUGUGCUAUAUGAGGAUCUGCUGAUGUCCGAAGGAGAAGACGAUGAGGAAGAUGCUGGGAGCGAUGAAGAAGGAGACAAUCCUUUCUCUGCUAUCCAGCUAAGUGAAAGUGGAAGUGAUUCUGAUGUGGGAUCUGGUGGGAUAAGACCCAAACAGCCCCGCAUGCUUCAGGAGAACACAAGGAUGGGCAUGGAAAAUGAAGAAAGCAUGAUGUCCUAUGAGGGAGACGGUGGGGAGGCUUCUCGUGGUUUGGAAGAUAGCAACAUCAGUUAUGGGAGCUAUGAGGAGCCUGAGCCCAAGUCGAACACCCAAGACACAAGCUUCAGCAGCAUCGGUGGGUAUGAGGUUUCAGAGGAGGAAGAAGAGGAGGAGGAGGAGGAGGAGCAGCGCUCUGGGCCGAGCGUGCUAAGCCAGGUCCACCUGUCAGAGGACGAGGAGGACAGUGAGGAUUUCCACUCCAUUGCUGGGGACAGUGACUUGGAGUCUGAUGAAUGAGGCCUCCUUUGGGCGUCCUUGGUCACCUUCCCUGGUCUGCAGCCUAGGUGAUUCACCUUUCCCCAGUCUGUUAUAUCUGUGCGCUGUCUCAUCCUGCAAUCGCCACAUUAACUCAUACCUUAGCCUUGACAAAUAGUAAGUAAAUGAUAACGAAUUGCUUCUCUUGAUCUUCCUGGGGCAGGGUCACCCUUUGAUUAAAACCAAGCAGACCCCCUUCCCCACUAACAAAAGUAGAGCAAUCUCCUCCUUGUCCAGUGCCCUCCUCUAACUCCACUUACUGCUCUUGGUAUCAUUUUCCCUGGGGAAGCAGGAGAACUGAUGAAAGGACUAAUCAUUUUAUGUCCUCUUGGUGGAUUAGACAUUUUCCAAGCACGAUAUCAUCUCAGUUUUCUAAUUUGCAGGCUGGAGCAGGUGCCAGCACCCCUGCUGGGACAGAGAAUUGGGUUCUUUCUGGUGGACUCUGUGCCACACUGAAAACAAACCUAUUGGACAAACUGUCCAUUAUUUUAUUAUUUGAUUAGAAAAUGCCUUGUUUCUAAGUGGAUUUCAGGCAAACGGCUAUGUAAAUCUUUGAAACAGGCUAUAUGUCAGAAGUGGUAUGUUGCCAUGGAAAUGUGUUCCGUCCUUCUACCCCCAGGGGAAAUGAUAGGAAAAUGGUGAGUUCCUCAGGGCAAGGUUGUAUCUUCUGUUCUUUUCAUGCUUUAGGAUACAGUUUUGUGCAUAGUACGCACUCAGUAAAUAUUCCUAGGAUCACAAAAUUCUCAGCAGAUGCUCCGUGAUGAGCACUCUACCAGAUCCUUGAGGUGCAAAGGUCAGUAAGACACAGUCCUUUUCCCCAAAGAGCUCACCGUCAAGCUGGGGAGACGGGGAGUGGGAUUCAGAACAUGUCAACACAUUAUAUAGUACUGUGAGAUAAGUGCAAUUAAUGAGCUAUCAAGUACAGAGGAAAGCAGAGGAGUGUGAUUAUGUCUGAAAAAGUCAGGGAAGUCUUUCUAGAGGUCAUUUUUAAGCUGAUUGAUGAAGAAUCAGUAGAAGCUUGCCAGAUAGGAAAGUCCAGGCAGUGUAAGAAGUGAAAAGGCCGAAGUCUAGAAAUGACAGAGUGUGUUCCUAGUUUGUUUGUUUGUUUGUUUGUACCUGCCUUCUUCCAUAAAGAAUUUAAGAUGAUUUAGUUCCAGUCCUUUAAUGCUGGAAUGGCUAAAGAUGAGACUGAAAGAUGGGCAGGAAGCAUACUAUCAUGAAAAGCUUCAAAUUUGAUGCUAACGAUUUUGUAUUCUAGGAAAUAAGGAGCUCUAGUGGAGUGAUGUAAUCGGAUUUGUGUGUUAGAAAUUUUCUAUGUGAAUGAAGGAAAAUAUUGAAGAAUCAUAGGUAACAGACAAGUGUGACCCCAUUUUUGGAAAAUGCAGAAUUAUGUGUAAAUUAAUACGUGAUUAUGUAUACUUGUAUAUGCAAAGGGAAGGACCUGAAAGGAUAUACGCUAAACUAUUCACAGUGAUAGCCUCUGGGGGAUGGCAUUGGAGGGCAGGGGGUCAUGUGGGUAUAUGUAUCCCGGCGGGUGUAUUGUGCUUUUAUUUCUGUAUUGUUUGAAUUUUUUUACAGGUAUGUAUUAUUUUUGUAAUAAAAAAUGUUUAAAAAAAUUUAAGCAGUAGUGUGGAGAAUGGUUUGGAGAAGAGCAAAU